ACUAGUAUUUAAGCUGACAGCGUCAACACUGAGCACAAAUCACCACCAUGAAGCUAAUCCUGGUCAUCGUCAGCUUGGCUUUCAGUUACGCCAGGGAGCCGAUAACGAUCAACUAUCAUGAGACCAUUGGAAUACCCCAAGCUUUCCUGAUCAAGCACUUGGAGGAAGCUCAAGACUUUGACGGCGCCAGGAUAGUUGGUGGAUCGCCGGCAGCGCUUGGAUCACAUCCUUAUUUGGGUGGUCUUCUAAUCACACUAUCGAAUGGGCGUCAAUCCGUCUGCGGGUCAUCUCUAAUCAGCAGCACCAGGUUGGUAACGGCCGCGCACUGCUGGCGAGACGGUCGCAACCAGGCGUUCCUCUUCACAGUGGUGCUGGGUUCCGUGAACCUCUUCUCCGGCGGGGUCAGAAUCAACACUAACAGCGUGGAAGUUCACGCUGGAUACAGCACGAAUACCCUCAACAACGACAUUGCAAUUGCGGCGAUAAGUCCCGUUCAAUUAACUGAUGCCAUCAGUCCCAUACCUUUGGCAACGGGAAACAAUAAUUACGUUGGCACAUGGGCGACAGCUGCCGGCUACGGAAAAACUAGCGAUUUUUCUGGUGUUAGCCAAACCCAGAACCACGUGAAUCUGCAAGUCAUCAGCAACCAAGUUUGUGCGGCGUCGUUCGGCAGCAUCAUCGUGUCUUCAACACUGUGCACAAGCGGCGCGGGAGGAACCAGUACUUGUGGGGGGGACUCCGGUGGCCCUCUUGUCAUAACCACCACGAAUGGAAGAGAGUUGAUUGGUAUCACCUCGUUCGGUUCGGCUCGCGGCUGCCAGUGGGGUUUCCCCGCCGGUUUCGCCAGGGUUACGUCGUUCACGGCAUGGAUUCAAGCACGGAUGUAGGACACGAACAUACAAAUAAAC